GACCCGUUUCAGCUCUUGCCCUAAACCCACCCCGAUUCCAAUCCCCAACCAAACGACAACAACCAAGCGUCCAAGCCGAAACCAUCAUGGCGGCGGCUCCAACGGCGGUGGCGACGGCGGCGGGGGCGUCAACGGCGGUGCUAGCCCCCAGGCCAGCGCCUACCAGCGCGCUCCUCCGGCGCACCCAGGUCACCCCUCGCCGCCACCCCGCCCUGAAAUGCCGCCGCGCUGGGCCCCUCACCCCCAAGGCGGCUGCGGCCGCGGCCGCGUCGGGCGGCAGCUCCCCGUCGUCGGCCGUCUUCCACGGCGAGGCAUUCGUGGUGGGCGACAACAUCGACACCGACCAGAUCAUCCCCGCGGAGCACCUCACGCUGGUGCCGUCCAAGCCCGACGAGUACCGCAAGCUCGGCUCCUUCGCCUUCGCGGGGCUCCCCUCCGCGGCCUACCCGACGCCCUUCGUCGCCCCGGGUGAGGAGUCCUCCCGCUACGCCGUCAUCAUCGGCGGGGCCAACUUCGGGUGCGGCUCCUCCCGCGAGCACGCGCCCGUCGCGCUCGGGGCCGCCGGCGCGCGCGCCGUCGUGGCGGAGAGCUACGCGCGCAUCUUCUUCCGCAACUCCGUGGCCACGGGAGAGGUCUACCCUCUGGAGCUCACCGACGCCGGAGCCUGGAAGGAGUGUAAGACUGGGGAUGUGGUCACCGUGGACCUUGGCAAUUCCGUCUUUAUUAACCACACAUCCAGCAAGGAGUACAAGCUGAAACCUAUUGGCGAUGCCGGACCGGUCAUUGAGGCUGGAGGGAUCUUUGCGUAUGCCCGGAAGACUGGAAUGAUUGCGUCGAAAGCCGCAGCAUGAGGGACAGGUGAAUUUCAUCUGCUGUCAAAUUAGUCGAGGCCUUUGCAUACAGUAUGUAAAACUGGAAUAAGGACCAACCUCUACUUGCUUUUGUCCAGCUUGUGUACUGUUACUUUAGCAUUGAUUUGUACUGGGGACGGUGUUUUAAAAUAAGUCACAGCGACACAUCGUAUUGGGCUAUCAGGCUAUGCUGAAUCAAUCCGUUCGGUCUCUUAUGUACUAUUCUCUGUACAAUUGUACCUGCUACUGUGCUAAUCUGAUUGCAUAACAGCUUUGUUGUCA